AAACCCCCAAAUUCACAAAGCAGGAAGAAGGAGGGUUGCAGUGAACACAGAUGGGGAAAAAAAAAAUGUUAAAGCAACAAAUUCAACGAGUGCUCCAAAAAGCAAAGACACUUCAACAGUGGAGACCUCUCAAAAACAAUCUAAAUCAGACACUGCAGUGGCACAAACCUGGGAAGACAGUCCCUAUAUGUUCAUCAUCAAAAUUGAGGCAAAUCAUCCACCUGCCAAAGAAAACAAAAUCAAGAAUUAAAUUGGAGGUCAGGAUGCACGGCGCCUAUCAAUACAUCUCAGCAUCCGAAUGGCCAUUGAUGAUUUUCUACAUGGUGAUGUGCAUCAUCUAUGUGAUUAUGGGAGUGCUGUGGUUGGCUCUCUCUGCGUGUUACUGGAGAGACCUGCUUCGGAUUCAGUUUUGGAUUGGAGGAGUGAUCUUCCUUGGCAUGUUUGAGAAGGCAGUAUACUAUGCAGAGUUCCAGAGCAUCCGUUAUGAUGGCCACUCAGUUCAAGGUGCAGUGCUGUUUGCAGAGGUGCUUUCAGCUGUAAAAAGAACCCUGGCUCGAGUGCUGGUCAUCAUUGCUAGUCUUGGAUAUGGCAUAGUCAAACCAAGACUAGGAGCAUUGCUGCACAGGGUGGUGGGGGUAGGACUGCUCUACCUUAUCUUCUCCAUCAUAGAAGGAGUACUGAGAGUCAACACGGCUGAAGAUGAUCUGGUGUUGCUUGCUGCCAUCCCCUUGGCUGUUCUCGACUCUACCCUCUGCUGGUGGAUCUUCAUUAGCCUGGCCCAAACGAUGAAGCUCCUUCGGCUGAGGAGAAAUGUGGUCAAGCUGUCCCUUUACCGCCACUUCACCAACACUCUCGUAUUUGCUGUCAUUGCUUCUGUUAUAUUUAUUGUGUGGACAACGAAGACUUUCAAGUUAUCCAAGUGCCAAUCUGACUGGAGAGAGCUGUGGAUAGAUGAUGCUUUCUGGCGCUUCCUGUUCUCUAGCAUCCUGCUUGUCAUCAUGUUCUUAUGGAGGCCAUCAGCCAACAACCAGAGGUAUGCCUUCAGUCCACUGGUGGAUGAGAUUAGUGAGGAAGAAGAGGAGCAGCUAAUGAAUGAAGCCUUCGAGGGUGUGAAAAUUAGAGGGAUGAAACCAGAGACCAAUGGAAGUGCAAAACCCGGCAAAGUGGAUGAAGAUCUAAAAUGGGUUGAGGAGAACAUUCCCUCAUCAAUGGCUGAUGUCGCACUGCCACCACUGCUAGACUCAGACGAGGAGAUCAUGACUACAAAAUUUGAGAUGUCCAAAAUGGAGUAGAUCUAUGAAGAUCUAUGUAAUGUAUAUAAUGUGUGUACUACAAUGCACAACUGCUUUAUCCCAAAACAUGAGCUUUUCAUAAACAACAUCUGUAAAUAUGUGGGAUGAUGAGGGUACUUCACAAAAGGACUUUUAUUUUAUUUUUAAUUGCUUGUUUGUAUUUGUAUUUACUCAGAUAAUAUGGUGUAAGAGUUUCUUAAGCCUAAACUGUAAAUUGCCUUUGACUGUUGUUUAUAUAUCUACAGUACAAAAUGUGAUUAAAACACGUUAGUUUGUGCAUUGUGCUUUUUCACUAAGAGGCUUUUGCACAACAAUCCUCUUAUUAAUUACAUAAAGAUGGGAAAACAUGUAAGAUAAAA